CGCCGCCGCCGCUCCCUGCUACAUUCCCCCUACCAAACCCUCGCUCCACCAGACGACCUGUGCGGCCUGCCGGCGACAACGCUCGAGCAGCCGAGCCGCAAUGCCUCCAGGAGGAGGAGGAGGAGGAGGAACGGGCGAACAAAGAUUCGGGAAGGACCACCCACCGGCGACUGGCCACGAGUGCCGCGACGAGGAGGCCCCAUCCCGUUCGCCGCCGACGCCGUUGCUGCCUUACCUCGCCGUCACUCCCGUCGCCUCUCAGAACAAGAAGAUGAGGCGGGAGGAUGAGCAGCAGGGGGAGGAGGAGGAGACCCCGGCGAGCUUCUUCCCGGAGGACGUUCUCGUGGAGAUCCUGUCGCGGGUGCCCUACGUCUCGCUCUUCCACUUCAAGUGCGUGUCCAAACAAUGGCUAGCCCUCUGCUCUGCCCCCGACGUCCGCAAGAGGUCGCCGCAGACCUUGUCUGGUUUCUUCUACUUCAAUUUCGGCUGGCGUUUCCACAAUUUGUCCGGGAAAAGUCCCCCCAUCGUCAACCCCAAUCUCCGUUUCCUCCGCGGCAGCUAUAAAUUUUUCAGCAUCCAACAGUGCAGCACCAGCCUUCUCCUUUGCAAAUGCUGGAGAUCCCGCCGUCCUAGGCAAUACAGUUGGAAUUCUGUCCCAAAUCCAGGACCCGGGCAAUGUUUCAAAUGGCCUGAGGCUAAGGAGUUUGAUUAUGUUGUCUGUAAUCCUGCUACUCAUGAGUGGACGGUGUUGCCUCCUAUAGAAUUGCCUGACGACCUUUCGUGUUUCAGCCUAGGCAAAUACUUCUUGAGCUUUGACCCGGCCACCCCGUCCCGCUUUGUGGUGUUUGUGCCCCUGGACACAAAUUAUGAAUAUGGCCUGUCCGUGGCCAUGAUCUACUCAUCGGAAACUGGAGGGUGGACUUCCAUGCAGAGUCAGCACAAUGAUAGCAGUGCAUAUUGGGUUAGUGAUUCAGAAAGCACCUUCCUAAAUGGCAUUAUGUAUUUCCCUACUCGAUCUUCGUCAAUAGUCACAGUGGACAUGAAAAGGAAUGCUUGGGGGGAAAUUGAAAUGCCACCUGGCAUGCCAAACAGCUAUGGUUGUGCUUCCAUUGGGCAGUCACAGGGACGUCUGCAUGUUUGGCAAGAGGAUCAAGAUGGUUGCCAACUCUCUAUUUGGGUUCUUGAGAAUUAUGAUAGUGGACAGUGGACCCUAAAGUGUACCAUUAACUGUUUUGAACUGUUUGGAAGGGAUUAUUGCAAAAACGUUGAGUACUACUCGAUGUUUGCAAUUCAUGCAGAAUGUGAUUUGAUUUUCCUUACUGAUGGAAAUGCCAAGAUAUUAUCAUAUAACAUGGAUAAUCAGAAAGUCUAUGUUAUCUGCGCUUCUGAAGAUUUCUUCAAAGGUCUGCCACGCCGCCUACUGCCUUACGUACCCUGUUUUGCAGAAUGGACAUCAAAUGGUCAGUGAACGCUUAAUAUACUUGGUAUGGCACUAGUGUCUUAGUAAACAUGAGUUGUGGGGUAUAUGCCGAAUCUUCUAGUUGAAGCUGUGUGAUGGAUAAAGCAGACAUGCGCUUCAAUUUGUAUUUUUUUUCUUUUCAUUUAGUAUCUAGGCGCAUGUGCAUACCCUUCUUUUUCUUUGAGAAAUGUUUGAGUCAUCAAGAAUUUGUAACCAACCCUCCAAUGGGAAUGUUUAGUUCUAAGAAUGAACUUAGUCAUUGAUCUAUUUGCUUCCAUGUAAUAAUUAUGGAUGUUGCUCUUUUAGCUCCUAUGGGGCAAAUGUGAAACAAUAUAUUAUAUAUGCUUGAAAUGUUUAAUUUCCUGCAA